AAGUAACGUGUUGGCAGCCCUCUCCAAACACACUUUUCUCGAGGUGCUUUUUAUCUCAAUGCAGAGGAUGGAGACGGAGAGUGAUGGACAGGAGCAGGAGAAGACGCUGGUGCGGAAGCCCUACGUCCUGAGCGAGAUGGAAUUUGAGGCCAGUCUUCCUGAGAAGAAGUCAAAUACGCUCUCAAGAGACCUCAUUGACUAUGUGCAGUACAUGAUACAGAACCAUGGGGAGAACUACAAGGAAAUGGCUCGUGAUGAAAAGAACUACUACCAGGACACUCCCAAACAGAUCAAGAGGAAGAUCGGCGUGUACAAAAAUUUCUAUCCUGAGGAGUACAAGGAUUUUGUUGCAUCACUCAAGCAGGAGAAGAUGGAUGUGCAGUGACUGUCCCUUUUUGUCCUCUGGUUUGCCUGCAAGCACAGACUUGGUGCUACCUUUUCUGAACCACAGGCAGGUGACUGUCACUUAUCGGCUGUGGCUUCUGGGUAGGCUGAGCUGUGCAAAGCUUCUAGUGAUGGAGGAAGGACCUUCAUUAAACAGAGUUAUAACCAGGCAUGAAAGAUUCUUGACUGAGGCUUGUGGCAUGCAGACUGAAUGUGCCAUGCCACUCCCUCUUUUCUGAGUGUGAGCCAGUGCUUUUUCCACCUUGUUAAAAUAAAUUAUGCUUCAUGUUGGUGG